AUUGUCAUGGUGUACGAGUCGGUUUAUAACCGGCCUGUUUGUUCGUCAAGGUCAUGUUCGACGUAGGGUCUGCACCUCCUAAACAUGACCCACCAGCCGGGAUGGAGCCGUAUGAUCUUCCUAGGGAAAGAGAUCUGGGGGCUCUUAGUAAUGCCCAACAAGCUGCAACAAAUAAGUUAAAGACUGAAACUCGGUUGAACAAUGAACUCUAUUUGCGGAAACAUCCAGAAAUAAAGUAUAUGAUUACUGCAUUUCUGAGAGAUAUUUUGACGAAACAGCCUGAAGAUGCUAGAGAACAUUUUGUAGUCCGAAUCUUAUUUCAAAUGUAGAAACCAUUAAGGAAGAAUAUAUGAAGCAGUAUCAUGAUGAUGAAGUCAUUCGCUCUUUGGCCCAAUGACAAUCGCAAACACGAAUUUUGUUAAUGUUUCUUUUGGGUUUAGUUGGGAAAAUAAUUAAGUGCAUGUAGUUUUUAAAUUUCUAAGCACACACAUCAAAAAGCUUUUUUUCAACUGCUUUCUUUUGUGUAUGUCAAAAUCUUUAAACGUAAAUGGUCCCUGAGUUUCUUUCAACAAUCCAGUUCACGGUAUAGAUAAAUGUUCACUAUCCCGCACAUUUAAUUAGAUCGAACGCGUAUUGCAACUUUUGUCGAAAUAUCGUUGUUUUUUGUGCUUAGUUCAAUAUUGUGAAGAAGUAAACAACAGUGACAUAAUUAAAGCUUGUUUUGGAAACACUAUUGUACUUUAUUCGAAGUCUGCUAAAUGCUAAUAUUUAAUUUUGGUCCUAUUUUAUUUUGUAAGUCCUAGUCUUUUGGUUGGCGUGUGAUUUACUGUCAUACUCUGUCUAAUUCAAAACUUACUCUAACUUAGACAUAACGCCCAAUAUCUAUUUUCUACUCAAACGGGUAUUUGCGCGUAAUUGUGUUUUUAUAAAUCUUUGUACUUUGUGGUCUUACAAAUCAUGUAUUUGUGUAUGUUCCCUUUUUUUUAUAAUUCGAAUCAGGAAUAAAUCGAUCAUUGUUCCA